CGCAUACACAAUGGCUGCUCGAAAGUGGGGAAAGCAAACAAUUUUCAGGCCCGCCGCGUCUAGCAAAAAAUAUGAGAAAAAAAUUAUUAAAAAUUCGGAAAAUAGUUGAAAGUGAAGAAAAACCCAACAGAAAGAAUGUUAAAGCGACCGGGGCCCCUGAGUCCGGGCGGUGUUGAGCACAUGAAACUGGAUAGAGUAAUCGCAUCAGAACUUGCCGGGCUCUACGCCCCUGUCCAUGUAGUCGGUCAGCCUUAGAGUGCCAUGGCCACGGGAACCCAGGGCCACCGUGACCACGUCCUGGAGAGAACCAAGCUCACGCCGCCCACGGGGAGGCGCAGGAGAGCAGAGGGCAAGCCCAAAAAGAAUUUUCUUUGCCAGGAGUGUCAGAAAGCUUUCAACAGCCUGGAGAAGUUGAAGGUGCACUCGUACUCUCACACCGGAGAGAGACCCUACCGCUGCUCCCACGCCGACUGCACCAAGGCUUUCGUCUCCAAAUACAAGCUGCUACGGCAUAUGGCAACUCACUCGCCAGAAAAAAACCACAAGUGUUCAUACUGUGAGAAAAUGUUCCACCGCAAGGAUCACUUAAAGAAUCACCUACACACUCACGACCCCUACAAGGAGGCCUUCAGCUGCCAGGAGUGCGGCAAGAGCUACAACACCAAGCUGGGCUUCAAACGCCACCUGGCCCUCCACGCCGCUAACAGUGGAGACCUCACCUGCCAGGUGUGCCUGCAGCCCUUCCCCAGCACCGUGGUCCUCCUGGAACACCUCAAGACUCACGCCGGCAAGUCCUCUGGUGGGACCAAAGAGAAGAAGCACCGUUGCGAGCACUGUGAGCGGCGGUUCUACACCCGGAAAGAUGUGCGGCGCCACAUGGUGGUGCACACCGGACGCAAGGACUUCCUGUGUCAGUACUGUGCCCAGCGCUUCGGGAGGAAGGACCACCUGACGCGCCACGUGAAGAAGAGCCACGCCCGGGAGCUGCUGAGGGUGAAAACUGAGCCGGCUGAUUCGCUGGAGCCCGUCGUCUUUGACUUGGCGUCUGGGGGCAUCAAGGGCGAGCUACCGGGGAUGCUGACACCGAGGCCGCACCAGCUCAACAUGUACACGGGCCCCGUCCUGGACACGGAGCCCUUCCCCACAUCCACCCUCCCUUUCUCUUUUAAGUACCCACUGGGCUCCAACUUUACCUCAUACAGCGUCUCCUCGCAGGAGCGGGAGCAGAAUCUAAAGGGAGAACUGGAGACCUACCUGAUGGAGUUGCAGAGCAGCAUGCCCUCCUCAUCCUCUGCAGUCCAAGAACCCCAACUCUCAUCCUCCAAACUCACGUUGGAGCCUCAAGUGGGCAUGCUGGAGGAAGCAGGCGAGUCCAAAAUGUCCACCCAGGUGGCAGCAUCCAGCACAGGCGACUCUCUGGCCUCGUCCUCCUCUCUGAUGGACUUCUCACAGCUUUUCAACUUCCUGCCACUCAACGGGCCACCGUACAACCAGGCAGGGGGCAGCGGGGGGCCGGGCGUCACCUAUCCUCCCAACGAAGAGCCCACACCCCUCGUCCAGAUGCCCCCCCAGCCUCCCAAUGACCCCGAGGCUGCCGAGAGUCCGCUGCAGAGGCUCCCCUCCUCCUUCAUAUCCAACCUGAGCACACCCACCACACUGCCCCGCUUCCACCAGGCCUUCCAGUGAUCCAGUACGUACUGCUGCCUGACACACACACACACACACACACACACACACACACACACACACACACACACACACACACACACACACACACACACACACACACACACACACACACACACGUUGAGUUACCCUUCCUUAUCAGAAAAAAUAUGCUAGUUAAACAUUUCUGAAGAUAAAGCACUUGAUACGAAAUGAGAAGACAUACACAGCAGACAUAUGAUGAUAAGCUCUGACAGUCUCACACACACACAGACACACAAGCACACACAGUUUGCCUUAAACAGCUUUCUAAAUGCUGCUGCUGAGAUUCCACCUAUUAAGCCUUUUACUGAAGAGUUCGCAAAUCCUCACCACCACUAUUCCAUGAUGACACGUUCACAUGAUAGCAGAGAAAUACUGCAAACCAAUAUCCCAACUUUCCGUUUCUUACUAUUCGCACCUUUAAUACCUUUUAUCUUUACCUUCUGAUUUCCAUGAGAUCUAACUCAUUCAAAGGCCUGCAGGCUACAAUAUAAAUAUCUGUAAUGGUAGACCACGCAGUAUAGCCCAGCCAUGAGUUGUGCUCACAGUGGUUUAGUUUUGGAGCAUCAAAAACUCGCCUCACAAUAACGGAGUAAACCUGUUAUCCACAAUAAUGGAGUAAACCUGUUAUCCACAAUAAUGGAGUAAACCUGUUAUCCACAAUAAUGGAGUAAACCUGUUAUCCACAAUAAUGGAGUAAACCUGUUAUCCACAAUAAUGGAGUAAACCUGUUAUCCACAAUAAUGGAGUAAACCUGUUAUCCACAAUAAUGUGAACAUGGCCUGAAUCAGUCUUUUGGGAGUUUUCACAUAGAUUAUGAGUAUUAGUAAUUUGAUUGCAGUGACAUUUUCUUUUCUUUACCACCGUGCUUUGGAAUAUUGUGGCCUUAGAAACCAGAUUGUGGGAUAUAUAUUGUUGUUCUGCAGCACGUUGGGAUGUUGUCUGUCAUCACAGCUGACCUUUCUCUUCUUUCUAUUUUCACCAGACUGUAGGUUUUUGAUGUUUUUGCCCAUUUUCAUCAAUUCUUUACAUCAGAAAUGAAAGCUGACCAUUUUUUAAUAUUCCAAGGCAGCUUUUGCAUUCCCUAAAUGUCUAAUCUGUAUGGAAAGUGAGUUAAUAUGAUCAGAAUUUGGGGAAAACGCACUCAAAAUAUCUCUCAGAAAGUUAUGUAAUUUGUAGUAAAUUGGCUUAAACAUGCAAAAACAUACAUCUGGUCCUUCAAUGUUCCAUGGAGCAAACGUUAAUUCACAUCAUGAUGGACAAGGUACUGAGAAGGAACUACUGAGCAACAGUAUUACACUUUUACAUUUCACUUUAGUAUAGCUGGUUUUCUGCUCAAGUUUUUAUCUUAAUUCUCCAACAGUGGCGACAUUCUCAUGAAAGCUGACAUUGAAUUUGUAGAGUUAGUACAGAGAGCAAUACUUUCAAACACACAUCACUAUUCACUGUUCACGUUACCCUCAUUGUGCCUUAUUUUUCAAAGGUCAUAAAAAAGUGUUUUUAUCAAACGUCACACUCCUAUCAAACUUCUGAGAAGUGUCAUUAUAUGAACUGUUCAACUGAAACAAAUUGAAGUGUCUGAUUGGCUGCAACAAUGCAGAAAGUGUGUGUCUUACGUUUAAAUAUUGAACUGUGUGAAAAAAAUACACCUUGAAUGAUGCAGGUGCAGAAUCCAUGUGGUGAUAGUUGGACCCAUUAAGUGGAAAAGGGAGGAUGAAGAGAUGCUAACGAAUGCUAACAUAAUCAUGGUGAUGUGCUAGUUUGGGUUGGCCUGAUUUGUGACCUCAGUACCCCUGUGUGAUUCAGUCACAUAGCAUUUCUGUUUCAAACCUUUGUUUUCUUAUUCUUUUCACCCUGGGUUUUCAUUCAGUGUUUCAAAUCAUCAUUUAAAGAUAAAACAUGCUGCUGGAAAAAAAGUGAACUUUUGUUUUUAAAGAGGCCUAUUGUGCUUUUUGGGAGUGUCCCUUUCCUGUAGUCUGUUACAUAGCUUGUUGUGCAUGUAAAUGGUCAGAAAAGGGUAAAUUCUCUUCACAUUUUUACAACUUGUUCAAGGUUUGCUGGGGAUACUGAGGUAAAAAAAACAACGGCUAACUAACUUUGGCUCCGUUUUCAGUCCACUUCUAGUCACUGUGUUUUCCAGUAGUUGCAUGCUAUUAACGCAGUGCUAGCAAACAGUAUCACAGAGCUGGGUGUCGACUGAAAUAUGUUAAGCAUUGUGCUAAAAGCUGAGAAAAAGAUGUGGUCGGAUCCAUUAUUGUGUUUGCUUUUAUGACCCAAGAGUUCCUGAAAGGAGAACUCAUUUUGUAAGAUGUAUGUUUUGGUAUCAGUAUCAAAUCUCUUUUCAAAUGUCAAAGAAUACCUACGAUGCAACUGAAGGAUGAAAAGACUUUGGCAGAUUGAUAUCAUUUCAUGAAACAAAGAUUUCAAUUUGUCUUUUUUAAACUUUUCAAGAGAUAUCGGACUGCACACCAUACGGCAAAAAAUGUGAACUUUACGUCCCGCACCUCCACCUCCACCUCCAACUCCACCUCCAGCUCCACCCCACCACAGCAGUGCAUCUUAGCUCCAUGAAAUGUUUUUUAUAACCCAAUAGUGUUAUCAUUUACCUCACAUACUCAUGUUGUUUUUGUGCUCUGAAAUUCAAAAGAAACGAUGAUGAACUCGAAGUGUUAAGUUCCCCGGUUCCCUUCCUGAGUGAGACAUGAAUGGACACUAUGUGAAAUGUAGAGUUGAAUGUUUCAAAGCAUUUAUGGGAGUUUUGCUUUUUGUGUCUUGUGAAGGUUUGUGGAUUUACAAGAGAUGUUAGCAAGCCUCUUUUUUUUGUAAUCAUAGCACUUUUUGUAAAUUGAAUGCCUUUAUUUCCUCCAAUACCUUUUUUUUUGUUUAAAACCUUUAUUACAAAUGUAUAGAUGAUAUAUUUAGCUCUUUUAGAGAACAAUAACAUGUAAAUACAAUAUAAAAUGUUUUAUUUUUACAGGUACAAUUUUGACAGUGUUUUUUCCUAUCAAAGUGUCAUUUUUGCUUUACUUGCACAAGUGUUCUGUGUAUCUCAUUGGGGGGUCUUUAACAAACAGUGUGCCUUGUUGGCCUGGUUUUUCUAAAAGGCCUUUUCUAUCGCUGGUUUAGGUCAGAGCACAAGUAAUGAUGAAGCUUAAUGGACAUUUAUAUAGCACUUAAUUGUAUUAUCCUUCCAUUGGCUGUUUAAUCAGAUGUUAAAAAAGACAUUUAAUGUAAAAUAACUCCUAAGGGGAGUGUAUCACCCUUUGACCUCAUUGUGACAAAUACUUAUUAUAUUUAUCGUUUAUUUUGAAUAUUUCCGUGUGAUUUCUGCCUGAAACUUAUUAUCCAAACAGCCAACUCACAUGGCAGAUUCAUGGGAUUGGAUUUUGGGAGACGGCAAUAAACGUUGGAUCAAAAGAAAAACAUCCCUACACAUUGGAGAAAGUAGAUCCAGAUUUUGGACAUCAGAUUAAGUUCCUAAUUCUAAAGCUAACUUUAAAUCCCCGGGGUAAAAAGGAAUAGGAAAAGUCUCGCAGCCAUGUGGCGACCAGGAGAUUCUUCAGUGAGAGGCACAGACCUUCAGCAUGUCAGACUUCUUUAUAAGCUUCAGUGGUACCAGUGAACUUUAUUGAAUGUGUAAGAAACACUGCAAUACUGCAAUAUAUUUUUGGUAUUGGAUCAAGCUGCUAACAUACUUCUAAAGCUCCUUAAGGUGCUACAGACCUCUUUUCUAGUUCUUAAGUGUAUCGUUUGUACAAAGUAUCCAGUUUAGCUGAACAGUUGGCGUGUGUGCCCGGUUGUACUAUAUAGCGACAUAUAUUUUUAUUGUACUGUGACUUUUGUAGUCUUUUUACAGACUUGCCUGUAAUAUCACAUGCAUCCCUCACCCACUCCCCCCCCCCUGCCCACCUGUGUUGUGUUGUGAUAUUGGGAAACUGAGUCAUGGUGGGGGAUGGCUCUGAGUGACUCGGCGAGAAGAGAAAAAAAAUGAAGACGCUGACGGUGAGAAACUCCAUGUGACACCGCCGUUCAGACAGAGCUGAGGAAGUUCAGAAACGAAGUGCAUUCCAGCCAUGUUGGUUUGGUUAUUCGUUGCAUUUCAACAAUGCCAUCCUGUGACAAUGGACUCGUUGCUAAUUCUCAAUAUUUUACUUCAAAUCUAUUUUACAAACUACUGUUGUAUUUUUAUAAAUAUAGGGCAAAAGUAAUUCACACAAACAUAUGUAUAUAUAUAUAUAAGUAAAUAUAUAUGUAUAUGUUUACAGGUUGUGUAAAAUAAAAAUGAAUGCUGCAGCUUUUAUCUGUUGUUUUUUUAAACAUUGACAUCAUCCAAAGAGGCAGAUUAUUUAUUGUCUGGCAGAAUAAACCUGAUUUGAUUUACAUACCUUUGCUGCUAUGAGAGAGAAGAGCUGCAGUCGUCAACUCCAGUGUUUUUACACAAUGUAAUGAAAGUUCAAUAAACGUAAGAA